ACAGGCGUCCCGUUCCCAGCGCCGCCACUCAGAUCCGAAACGAGUUAGAGAGGAAAAGGGGAAGGGGAAACCGGCGGGCGGCGGCGGCGGCGGCGGAGGAGGAGGCGAGAUGGAUGGAGAUGGCUGGUGCAGGCGGAGUGGAGGAUGCGGUCCGUACCAUGUCCGGAUCGAGCCGUGCAAGAGGAAGAAGCAGCCGCCGUCGGCAGCGGAGAUCAUGAGGGCUGAAGCCCGCGGCCAGCUCACCCGUCUCCGCGGCGUGAUCCUCAACUGCGAGGGGUGCCUCUCUUGCUUCCUCCACUCCAUCGAGCACCAGGUCCGAGACCCGCUCGAGCUGGCCGCCGACUUCGCCGCUGCUGCUGCCAAGGCGGAGGCGGAGGCGCAUGACUACAACGAAGGGUUCAAGCUUCAGGCCGGUGAUGAGUAUUACCUGAGCUCCCUGAACUUCUUCGCGCCGUCGGUGGGGGCCGCCUUCGCCGGGUUCUGGGGCGUCGGCUGGCUAGAUUACGCCGAGGAUGAGCUUCUGGAGUUUCUUCGAUACUUGGAGUUGAACCUCGAAAUCGACGUUGAUCAGUGCUUUGUGGACCGCACGAGGGAUGCUUUCAACCAUGUGAACAACGCCCAGGCUUGCUUGAUCCGAGCCCAUGCUUCCCUCCAUCCAGAGAUCUGGUGAUUUCUGGGGUUAUUUUCUGUGGGCAUUUUGUGCGAUUUCCGGGAUCCUGUAUUGUGAACAAAAUGCGCAAAGAGCAGGAGUAGAAGGCAGGUGGGCGGUGAUUUCUUCAAAUUAGUUGAUAGCGGGUGGCUAUGAGGUCACUGGACUCUUCUGAAUGUUAUUUGUGUGGUUUACUUGUCUUGAUUAUUUGGGGGAUCAACAACUACAGAGAUAAGUAGUUGGCAUUUUAGUGCUACUCCCGUGCCUUGUUCCCAGAUAGCUUCCUGCAUGCAUAAUCUCACAAAUAGAUAUAUAUGCUAGUAACUUAACAGUGUGCUACCGCCC